UUUUAUGAGGGAAAUCAGAAAAAUGACCAGCUAACUUUGACUUGACCAGAUUAAUGACGUGGACACCACGACCUUGGGUCAGCACACGACGAUAUAAUGGCCUCUCAAAUCGUCGUCAUGGUCACGGCAAAGAUCAUGGCGCUGCUCCAAUUCCUCUUCCUCUCUCUCCUCCCGCUCGCGCUCGCAUACGAUCGAAUGCCUCUGGGAUCGUCCCUGCUCACCACUGAAUCUCUCAUUUCGGCAAAUGGCAGAGUGAAGCUCGAGUUUUUCUCCCCAACCGGAGGCAACAGCAGUGAUCUCUACUUAGGCAUCUCCUUCAACACCACAACCAGAGAAAUCAUGGAAUUCAUCCCCAUCUGGAUUGCAAACCGCGACACUCCGGUGACUUCCAACGCCUCGCUCCUCCUCACUAGCAAAGGGGAGCUCCAAAUCAUCGAUAGGGGAAGUAUCAUAUGGUCUGGCGCUCCCAGCUCCAGCAACUCGGGAAUCACCCAAGCGGUGCUCCUAGAUUCGGGCAACUUCGUCCUCACUGACAACGCCUUCGAUCCUAGAGACGAUAACGCGACGUAUCCCUGGCAGAGCUUCGAUCACCCGGCGGAUGCCUGGGUCCCAAGGAUGAAGAUGUUCCUGGGAGCCAACCUCACGGCCUGGAAGUCGAGCGUCUCUCCGGCUAGUGGGCGAUUCGUCAUGACCAUGAGAACCUCUAACGAGUUCGUCAUCUCCACCACGAAUGAUACGUCGCGGGAGUACUGGACGUCCGGUGCUUGGAACGGCAAGAUCUUCUCGCUGGUACCGCAGAUGACCGACAACUAUCUCUACACGUUCAUCUUCAACGCCACCAAUCCUCCAUCCUUCACUUGGUUCGAGAAGAGCUUCCAGCACUCCAUCUUUCGCCUCGGGCACGAUGGAAGGAUCGAGGUGAAGCAGCUGGAUGGAAACGGAAACUGGUACACCCCCUGGGCCGUCCCGGCUAACAUCUGCGACGUGACUUCUCUCUGCGGAUCAAACUCGGUUUGCUCGAGCAGCUUGAAUCCACCCUGUAGUUGUCCCACCGGAUCGAGCCCGAGCAACGACACUAACUGGAGAACCGAGGACUGGGCCGAAGGCUGCACCGCUCUCUCGAGCCAAGCACGGAGAAGUUCUUCCAAGAACUCGGGAGUUGCCAUCGGAGUCGGAGCUGGCAUCGUGCUGUUGCUGCUGGCAGGACUAGCGGCGUUUGUGAUCGCCAGGAGAAGACGCAAGGCCAAGAGAGUGAGCUCCAGCAGUGGCAGCAGUAAGAGCGAUCAAAGGUCCAUCUAUAACUUUGUUGAAGGCGAGCUCGCCAAUUUCACGUUCAAGCAGCUCCAUGCAGCAACCGAUGGUUUCAAGAAGCGUCUCGGGAGUGGCGGCUUUGGAGAAGUUUUUAAAGGGAGCAUCCAAGGCCAGGCCGUGGCUGUCAAAAGACUGAUCAAGUUCGAUGACAAGCAGUUUCGAGCGGAGGUGAGCACCCUUGGCACCGUUCAACACAUCGACCUCGUCCGGCUUCGAGGAUUCUGUGCCGAGGGAAGGCUCCAGAGGCUUCUGGUGUACGAGUUCGUCGAGAGAGGAUCGCUGGACAGGACCCUCUUCAACCGAGAUGCUGAAAACUCUGUCGUGCUCAGCUGGAGCCAAAGGUUCGGGAUUGCUCUCGGGACGGCCAAGGGACUGGCAUACCUUCACGAGGAUUGUCGACACCGGAUCAUCCACUGCGAUAUCAAGCCAGAGAACAUCCUCCUGGACGCCGAGAUGAAACCCAAAAUCGCCGACUUUGGCCUGGCCAAGCUUCUGGGACGAGAGUUUAGCCGAGUUGUGACGAGCAUGAGAGGAACCCGCGGCUACCUUGCACCAGAGUGGCUGUCAAACAUGCCCAUCACCCCCAAAGCCGACGUCUACAGCUACGGUAUGACGCUGCUCGAGAUCAUCAGCGGCCGCAGGAACAUCGACUUCCGAAACGACCAGAUCUUCUUCUAUCCCCUCUGGGCUGCUGAGCAAGUUUGUAACGGUGAGUUCGCGAAGUUGCCAGAUGAUCGUCUCGACGAGUGGGAUGAAGAAGAGCUACGCCGGGCUGCCAGAACUGCUAUCUGGUGCGUGCAAGACGAGGAGAUCAAUCGGCCCAGCAUGAAAACCGUGGUGCAAAUGCUCGAAGGACGUGCGACUGACUUUCCAGACCCUGUGAAGCCGAGCUCGUUUGAGAUCUGGCUUGAGUUUCAAGAACAAAGUGCCUGACAAGCGUAGUGGCAUGGA